CCUGCCGACGUGGCGGGGCGGGACCGCGGGCGCUCGGCGCGCGCUCGGCUGCCACCGCGACUCAGGACUCAGAGCUGACCUCAUAGCUUUGGAGUGCUACAGACAGCCAGCUACUAGCUCUAGAAAAACCCAACUGCAAAGUUCAGCUGGCUGCUCAACUCUGUGUACAAUCUCAUGCCCUGGAGACAGAAGGGCAGAAAGUACAUUAUUUCUCACCAAUCUACAUAUCUUAUGCACUUGCCAUUUCAGAAAUACUUACAAUGUCUGAUGAUGCUGGUGACACCUUAGCUGCUGGAGACAGGACAGAUGUUACUGAGAUACCCAAGAAUGAUUCUUCCCUUGAAGAUGCAGAAGUACACUGUGACCCAGCUGUAACUUCAAACGAUCCAGUUCCAUCUGGCUCCAGAGGAGAUUUGCAAGAGGAUGCGCCUGGCCAUGUUGCAGAGACCAUUGCUGACCCACAUCCAGAACAGUCCAAAGACCCUGGUGCCAUCGAAAGCCCCCUCAACAGAGAAAGGGCUGAGGACACACUGGCUCAGUGCAUUGAUUCUGUCAACCUGGAGGGAGAACCUGGAUCUGAAAUACUUCUGAAAGAACAGAAUGAUCUGGCUGUGGAUUCCCCUUCUCAGGGAAGAAGCUGGGCAGACUGGGGCUCCUGGGGCAAAUCUCUGCUCUCCUCUGCAUCUGCCACAGUAGGUCAUGGGUUGACAGCAGUCAAGGAAAAAGCAGGAGCUACCCUACGGAUUCACAGUGGCAAUUCUGGAUCUUCUGAAGGGGUACAACCUGAUAGUGAACCUACAGAUGAGAGCCCUGAUCAGGAGCCUCCAGGGAGCGCCCCCACCUCCCCUUCAGCGGGGUCGGGGUCUCGGGGCAUGCUCUCAACCCUCACCAAUGUAGUUCAGAACACGGGCAAGAGUGUCCUCACUGGAGGUCUUGAUGCCUUGGAGUUCAUAGGCAAGAAAACCAUGAAUGUCCUUGCAGAAAGUGACCCUGGAUUUAAGCGAACCAAGACGCUCAUGGCAAGAACUGUUUCCUUGUCCCAGAUGUUAAGGGAGGCCAAGGAGAAGGAGAAGCAGAGACUGGCACAGCAGCUCACUGUGGAGAGGACCGCCCACUAUGGGAUGCUGUUUGAUGAAUAUCAAGGUUUGUCGCACCUGGAAGCCUUGGAAAUUCUGUCCAAUGAAAGUGAAAGCAAGGUUCAGUCAUUUUUAGCAUCACUGGAUGGAGAGAAGCUGGAACUCUUAAAAAAUGACCUAAUUUCCAUUAAAGACAUCUUUGCAGCAAAAGAAUUAGAAAAUGAAGAGAACCAAGAAGAGCAAGGCCUAGAAGAAAAGGGAGACGAAUUUGCUAGCAUGCUUACAGAACUUCUCUUUGAAUUACAUGUUGCAGCCACGCCUGACAAACUCAAUAAGGCCAUGAAGAAAGCUCAUGACUGGGUGGAAGAGGACCAAACUAUUGCACCUGUAGAUAUGACCAAGGAAUCAGAGGAGGAAACUAAGAAGGAAGAAAAAGCUGAAGACCCUCAGGAAGAGAAAAGAGAAGAAAGGAGAACCAAGACCAUAGAGGAAGUAUACAUGCUAUCCAUUGAAAGUCUGGCUGAAGUAACUGCGCGCUGUAUUGAGCAACUUCAUAAAGUUGCAGAAUUAAUUCUUCAUGGACAAGAGGAGGAGAAACCAGCCCAGGACCAAGCAAAAGUCCUGAUUAAAUUGACUACUGCCAUGUGCAACGAAGUGGCCUCAUUAUCAAAGAAGUUCACAAAUUUCUUAACCAUUACUGGGAGCAACAAGAAGGCUGAGGUCCUAAACCCCAUGAUCAACAGUGUAUUGUUAGAGGGCUGCAAUAGCACCACGUAUGUCCAGGAUGCCCUCCAGCUGCUGCUGCCCGUGCUGCAGGUCUCCCACAUUCACACCAGUAGUUUGGAAAGCACAGCUGUGACCUUGACAGACUCCGUCUAGUUCAACACCAUAGCCAGCUAUCGCUUUGCUAUGCACUGUAUAAGGAGACGUUCUCAACCAGACAAGCACUUUUGCACCGAUUUGCAAGUUUCAAGAGAGUUAGCACUUCCUUUCCUGUAUAUGGCUGGGUUUUUUUUUAAAAACAAACAAACAAAACAACAGUGUGUUUUCUUUCUAUUAAUUUAAAUUUAUACAGCUUAAGUCUCUGAAAUUUACCCACAAAUGUUUGUAUCUGUUUCCCUGGUCAUGCAUACUAUAUUUAAAAAUUCACAGGCAGACCCUAGAUUUUUCAUGAAUUUCUUAAAUUUCUACCUUUGAAUGUCACACACUUGUCAAGUAUUGCUUUAAGUCUGUUCGUACACUGAACUUUGUUUUUUGCAUAAAUGUUAUGGGUCAAGAUAACACUACUGGGCUGGGAAUAUGGCCUAGUGGCAAGAGUGCUUGCC